CUACUUUUGCCAAAAUGGAUUAAGUUUUACUUUGAUCGUUGUUAACCCAGAUUCUCUUCCUAUAGAAACUGGACGCAUUAAAUAAUCGCCUCAAUGGUAACAUGGAGAGGAUCCAACGUCUCUUGGGAGCAGUUGACUAUGAGAUGAGAAGUGCCAGUGUUGCGAAGAUUGUCGUAGAUACUUACAAGAACCCUGCUUCGGGUGGCAAAUGGCUUUCUGGCCAUAAUGUGCACAACGAGUACUUUAAGCGGUUGGCCCACAAUUUUGAGAUUCGGUUGGAAAGAUAUAGACAAAGUAUAGCUGAAAUCGAAAUGACUGUGUCUUCGCUGGCGAAGGGCACUCGACAAUCGCCACAUGCUAUUGCCGAGAUUAUGAAAUACCAGAACAAGAGCUUCAUUGCUGUAGCUGGGAAAGUAGCUGCAAUUCAUGAAGAGAUUGACAAGUUAAAAGAGCUUUACGUCGGAUCUUAUGGAAACAAGACCAUCAAGUUGGCUGCCAACAACACCGCUGGUUCCGCUAAAAAAGCUCCUUCAACGCUUAAUAUGAUUGCCAGUACGACAUUAAAGCCAUUCUCAGAGACAUUCAGAUAGCUUCCCUUAACUUUUAGAAAACGUAGCCAGCUCGCUUGCCAUCAUUAAAGUACAUUUCACAGUCAAGAAAUUGCCAGUCACAAUUUUAUUUUUUUGUGAAAUU